GUGAAAGAUGGUAAAGGACCUGUUUACAUGUUACUGAGGGGUGAAUAUGUCAGUCAGCUGAUCAAGACCUCCACUGAAGGAUCACCACUGAAUAUAACCGGCACUUUACAUUGAUCUGCAAGCAUCUUUCUCCAACAGUCAUGGCUCUUUGGAUUAUUUUACCUGUUCUUUUGUGUGCUGUCUCAUUCAUCGGCUGCUGGACAGUAUAUGGACUUGCAUUAAGUUACAAUCAUAUCUGCUCUCUUAAUACCUGGGAAUAUAGAAACUCCUGUCAUCCGAAUGAAACGGGGAAUUGCUGCACGAUGAACAACAUCCCCACUGUUAGCGCAAGUGGAACAAACUUUCCGGAAAACUCGCUUUUCACAGCAACAAUCAGUGCUGGGUCAUUUCUAUUUCUGGUUUUCUGUGUUUUCCAUCACGCACAUAUUCUGGAUAGAAACAGCGUUCAUUCUCUUCUCAGUAAGAUUGCUCUGAUUAUGGGCUGUGUGGUGUCUGCGAGCGCUUUCAUGGCUGGCAACUGCAAUCCGGCAGAGCUUGUGUUGCUCCAUUAUCUGGGUGCUGCAGUGAGCUUUGUGUUUGUGUGCCUGUACAUGAUCAUCCUGACCUCGCUCACCACUAGAUGUAUGCUGACGGGCUGUGAACAGGUUCUCUACCCACUACGCAUCAUCUUAACCAUCAUCCAGGUUUCUGCCACCAUCCUCUAUGGCAUUUUCUUCAUCCAGGAGCAUUACUUCUACAAGCAGAUCUCAGCAGUGUUCGAGUGGUUUCUGUGUGUCAAUCUGGAGCUCUACGAACUCAGCUACAGCGUAGAGUUUUACUUCUUCUCCUCAUCGAUGCUCUCAGUGCUUCUAGCCAAGAAAGAAGAGGAGAAACCUCUAAUUUUAUCUUAAUCACUAGGAACUUUAGUUUUUGUUAGUGUUUCUUUUGUCCUUUAUGGGUUUAAAUAGAUGCCCUUUUAAAAUGUAACCUCAUAAGGUUGACUCAGGAGACGUUUGAAGACUUUCACAUCAUUUUGAAUGCACACUAAAGACCCUUUGAGACCGCAAGCACUGGAUUCACUUUGGAGCUUUUUUUGUUUUUACUCCAAGUGGAGCAACAGGCACUUUGAAGUUCCUAAGCAUUUUUACUUUUGAAAUGGUAUAUAAUACCAUACAGGUGCAAUAUUUGACCUGAUAUCUAGAUUUCCUGUGCGGUAGGGUAACUCGGUUGGCUCAUGCAGCUUAAACGAUUGUUCAGUGUUUACCUCAGGCUUUUAAUCUAAUCGUUCAGGCCCCUGAAAAUGUAGAAUCAGCUGCUGGCCGGAUAUGUUGUCAAAACUGAAAGUGCCAUAUAGAAAAAAGAUAAGAAUGACCCAGUCAUAGGUUUAUCUCAAAUUAAAUUAUUUGCCAUUAUCUUUUUGUAUUGUGUUGGUAUUUCAAUUUCGACUGUUGAUCAGGGGUGCCCAAACUUUUUCACUUAAAGGAUCAAAAACAAAACAUCAUUGAGAGCCAUGGGCUGAAGGUAAAUACACCAAACUACGUUACAUUAAAGUCGGCAUGGGUAAUUUCCUUAUUUAUUAAAUAAUUUUUCAAAAUUAAUAGAAAACGUCACUUUAUAUCAUUUAACCUAAUGCAGUGUAACGUUUUAAAUGAGAACUUAUUAACAAUAAAAGCAUAAUCACAUUUA